AUGAAUAAACGGCAAAAAUGUAAAAGAAAGUCAGGAACAGAUUGUCAUUACGGUCCGCAAUCACAAAAACCUGAUCUUCUACCCGAGGUUUUUGAACAACUUCGACAAAAUCAUUUGGAAAAGUUGUUUAAAAAUGGGAAAAAUUGGAGACAAAUUGAACGUAAUACAAUAAAGCAAAGUAAUUCAGAUUUGUGGCAUUCACUGAGACAGGAACUGUUGACGGCGUCUAAUUUUGGAAUUGUUUUAGCUGCAUUACGCUUUUAUGCAUCAGGCAGUUAUCAGAAUUGCAUAGGAAAAAAUAUUCACAUGGCUAUUAGUCAACCUUCGAUCAGCAGAUGUGUUCGAAAUGUGACUAAUAUUCUUAAUCGUCCAGAAAUAUUUAACACUUGGGUAUGCUUUCCUAACAACCUUCAAAAGCUGCAGCAACUACGUAACAAAUUUUGGAUUAAGCAUCGCUUUCCUGGAGUGAUUGGUUGUAUAGACUGCACUCAUGUAGCAAUUGUUCCACCUCCUAAAGAAGAUGAGAAUUAUCCUGAACAUAUAUAUGUAAAUAGAAAAGGAUAUCAUUCAAUUAAUGUACAAUUGAUAUGUGAUUCUGAUCUUAGGAUUAUGAAUGUUAAUGCCCGAUAUCCAGGAAGCACGCACGAUUCGUAUAUCUGGAAUAAUAGUAAUGUUCUUCCUAUAAUGCAAGAUAUUUACAAUCGUGGACACAACUUUUUUUUACUAGGUGAUUCCGGUUAUGCGCUUAGACCUUGGAUGAUGACUCCAAUAAUGGACAAUAAUCUUAAUAUUGCAACAAGAAGAUACAAUGAUCGGCAAAAGAGCACUAGAUCGCUUAUUGAACGUUGCAACGGUGUUUUAAAGAUGAGAUUUCGUUGCUUGUUGAAACAUAGAGUCUUGCAUUACCGACCAGAUGUGUGCUCAAAAAUUAUCAAUGCUUGUACCAUAUUACAUAAUAUGUGCAUUCAUGAUAAAGUGCCUUUACCUGAUGAAGCAUUUGAAGAUGAAGUAUUGGAUUUUGGUAUGCUAAAUGUUAUGGAUGGUGUAAACGAACCCGGAAUAAAUUUAAAUAGAAAUAUUGAACUAAUAGCUGGAAGAAGAAUUCGCAAUAAUCUAAUACGACAUUACUUCUCUUGA